AUGUCAUCCACGGGAUCAGCCGACUUUGGCCUAUGGGAAUCCGAAAGAGUACGCUAUUCUCCCCUCCAAUCCUCUACUGCCGGGGUGGCAGUGCCAAAGGGCUCUCGGGACGGUUCGAAGCCCACGAGCAGACACAUCCAAGGUGGGGACCUUUCCGUUGCCACCUGCACCUCGGCAACGCGGCGGGCUGGACGUAUUCGGGUGAAGCAGCGGGUGCCGGAACCGCCGACAGUGGGGACGUCAUCCGCUGAUCUAAAGAAAUUGAAGCGGAAUGGGUAUUUUGUGUGUGGAUUGUGCGGGGAGGAAGGUAUCAUCAAGACCUGCGCAAGGAAGAGCGACCUCAAACGACAUAUCGAAGACUUUCACUACAACGACGCUCAGUGGUUCUGCCGCCACUAUGGCUGUCAUAUGGUGUUUGAUUCACAGGGCGUCUACAAGGUACACUUGAAACAGGUCCACUGCGAUUCUCUUGUGUCCGUAGACGUAGCCAAGGUCAAACUCUGCCCGCAGGUGGUAUUUGCCUGCGGCUUUGACGGCUGCUUGCAAGUGUUUGAGGCCCCGGAGUACACCAACGCCAGCCCGACCUUCAAAAAAUACGUCCGUCAUGUGGCCGAGCACUUUGAGCAAGGCGCCAGUCGUGGCGGAUGGUCGUACUCUACAAGGAUGGGCAAUCUGCUCCGUCAGAGCCAGGUGCAGCUCACCUGGAACGAGUGGACACAGAGCGAAGCAUUAAGAACAUCUCUCAAGUGGACCCCUCAGACGUCCAACAUCUUGCGGAAGAGAUUAGAAUGCCGGCACAUUGGCGACAUUAAGCUGCUCGUUCAGUACGCCUUUCUUCUAGGCACUGAUCCCGACAGCAUCAGCAGAUUUCGCGAGGACUUCGUCACACCCGUCGCCAACCACAUCCGCAGCCUCUCGAGCAAUGCCAACACAAGCGCAGUCGGGAUGGCCUCCUCAUCCCCAUCAACAAGCGUACUAUGA